UGGUAAACCACGAAGUAAGAAAAGAAAAAGAACAGAUGAAGAUGAAGAAGAAUCCUAUGAGCAGUUGCCAAGACAGUUUCAAACGGACCAGAAGUCACAGCAUAUGAAGAUGAUGCUUCCAAUCAUAGCCAAAGGGAAAGUCAUUAAACAGAUGGUUGAGGCAGAGGCUACAGAUGACAAAGAAGAAG